AUGUUGACCAGCACACUGCUUCCAGUCCUGGAAGAUCUUUUGCCAUUGUUUUUGCCCAGUUCAGUUUCUGUGACCAGGGCUCAUGACGUGCUGCCCCCGUUUGAGUAUCACAUCGACCGGAGUGACCCGCGCGUGCAGGUGUUCAGCAGAGAUGCAGUUGUCAAGCAGAGUGAUAAAAUCUGCACUUCGAUCCUCAUCCUGAAACCCACCACCUCCUCAACAAUCCGCCACCACGGCGAGCAAGACACAAUAAUCUACGUAGUCUCUGGUUUCGGUCUCCUUCUAUCCCAACCCAAAUCGGGCGAGGACUUAGACAGGAGGCAGAUCGGCCCUGGGGACUUUGCCUACAUUCCAGCGUGGAUGGAACACCAGUUUCAGAACACAAGCGACCAGGCCGAUUUGCACCUAGUCAUCAUCCGGAGCGGCGGGGCGCCUGUCGAGGUCAGUCUUACGGAUUGGGGCGGGUCGCGAUUAGAUCCGGAGGAGUGA